UCGCAGCUGUGUGUCAAAAUUGCGCUCUUGCUAACUCAUGAAUCUGAUCCAUCAACACAAAACAGUGUAGUGAACGGUCUUCCUGAAUACGGUCUAAAUGACUUGGUCGUAUCUCUCCGCUAUCCGUAUUUCCUCGUCGCAGACACAUGUUGCUGCUGGUGGCAUCGUUGAAGGGACUGUGCGCCUGGAUAUCCGGGCACUAGGAGAGGAGAGGGUAGGAGAGGUGGGUGACUUCCCCUUCCUCGGGCACUUCAUGGUCCCGUUCGGAUUUGCAUUCCAGCUGUCCAAUGGUAUACCUCCCUCAUUCAACUUCAAUGAUGAGGGAAACAGUGUCCGUAUCAGCUACAUUGUUGAAGCCGUUCCCGAUCAUUCGGGCAUCCGAAGCGGACGGGUUGAAUCCCCUGUGACUGUCGUUCCGAACGACCCGGACGGCGCGCAGGCCGAGUUGCAGCUAGCGCAAGGCUGGGCUGGUCCUUGGACGACAAAGACCAUCGCUGAACAAUUUCGCAGAGUGCAUGGACUUUUGACGUAUCCAUCGUUGCCCGCUUUUCCAGCGUCGUCCAGCAUCCCCUUCACGCUACAUGUAGUCACCAUCAGCUCGACGAUGUCGCGGAACGAUGGCGGUACGAUAUGGCCUUCUCCGCCAUCGCACCCACGCGAGAUCCUUGCCGAAUUGCAGCAGCGAGUUUACAUCCGCGUUGGUCCCGAAAGUCGUGUGUUCACUUCGCCCGUCAAAUCAUUGUGGGGUACCGUGGACGUCGGACCACUUGACAAAGAAUGGAUCCCUGCCGAAGGCGAUGCGUCGACGGGCCAGUGGAAGCAAGAGAUGACGUUCAAGUCGUCAUUUGCACCCUCAAGUGCACCUACAUUAGCCUUCUCACGGGCCGGGGCAGGCGAAGUCUGCGUUGAGUAUUCGCUUCGCAUCAACGUCCACUUCGGGUCCCAUUACAGUUUGACCCAGAACAUACCGGUCGUCAUCUGCCCUGGUUCAGUGCGGAACUCGGUGGAUGAAACGACAACAGCAACAAUGGAAGCUACACAGCAACGUCAUAGACUCGACCAAGGACUGGUUUCUCUCCGUUCCGGGGGUGCAACUGACAACGACUCGACAAGUCCCCUGUGUCGCGUGAUAACUGCCCCAGAGACAAGGCCUCCUCGUCCGAUACCAGCAAAUCGAGAGAGUAGCGGGCUUGUUGGCCGUCUGCAGCAGCAUGAGAUACCGAUGUCAGAGCUGGUUGCGCCUGGUGCUCUCUCUGAGACCAUCACACCAUCUAAUGCUACUCUCCGCGGUCAUGGGUACUCAAGAAGUUUGGAUCUACUGGAUAAUUCUAUCGCACUAAUGGAAAACAGUUUGCGACCCUACGGCACCACACGCGGUUUCGUCCCGUUGCGACCAACACGGUCUGUCAGUCCAGCGAGAGGCCCACCUGUUUCACGAAGUGGUCGCAUACGGAACUUCGGGGCCGCUGACGUCCCUGAAAAUAUGUAUGCUGCCGAUCAUAGCGCGGUCUUCUCUGCCUCUCGACGUCCCGCACGCAGGCAUCCACCACCUGCAUUCGAGACCAAUCGACCCUCGGACACCGAGUCGGUGGACCUGCCUUCUUACGGCGCCAGCCUCGACGACGAACCUCCACCCUACGAGGAGUAGCGCAUGUCAGCACCACAUGCUCGAUGUCCACUACUCGCAUGAUAGCGCUGAUCGCUCCUCCGCAUAUCCGCCGUCUGGUGCUCGCUUCUCGUCACUUAUCUGUAACUUAUCUGGUACGUAUCUACUUAUUGCUCUUAGGAUGUUCUGUCUGUUGUCUGAGAUCUUGUAUGUAACACAUGCCUACCCACCGCUCCCCAAAGCCAUGCGAUGUCCGAUGUGAAUGUCGUGGAACA